CAGAGCGGUGGUUAUGCGGGGAUAUCGCUACUGCUAUUUCUCCUCAGUCUAUCGUUCUCCCUUUUAGAAGAUUGAGGCACAACUAGGUAGUGAAAAAGCAAAGAAAGAAAAAACAAAACACAGCCAAAAAAAUGGCAGAGCUCGGAGCAGGCAGCAUGUUACAGGGGGAUCCUGCUUUAAAUGACCAAGAGCAGGAGCUAAACGAGCGUUUGAAGCGGCUCUAUCCGGCCGUGAACGAGGAAGAGACCCCCUUACCCCGGUCGUGGAGCCCCAAGGAUAAAUACAGCUACAUCGGGCUGUCGCAGAACAAUCUGCGGGUACAUUAUAAAGGUCACGGCAAAAACCACAAAGACGCAGCAUCCGUGCGAGCAACCCACCCGAUCCCCGCUGCCUGUGGCAUCUACUACUUCGAGGUGAAGAUUGUCAGCAAAGGCAGGGAUGGGUACAUGGGCAUUGGAUUGUCCGCUCAGGGGGUCAACAUGAACCGGCUGCCGGGCUGGGACAAACACUCCUAUGGUUACCACGGCGAUGAUGGGCACUCCUUUUGCUCCUCAGGGACAGGUCAACCGUACGGGCCCACCUUCACAACGGGCGAUGUGAUUGGCUGCUGCGUGAACCUCAUCAACAACACCUGCUUCUACACUAAGAACGGACACAGCUUGGGUGUGGCCUUCACAGACCUUCCACCCAACCUGUAUCCUACAGUAGGGCUUCAGACUCCUGGAGAGAUUGUAGACGCUAACUUUGGCCAGCAUCCGUUUGUGUUUGACAUCGAGGACUACAUGAGCGAGUGGAGGGCAAAGAUUCACAGCAUGAUCUCUCGCUUCCCCAUUGGAGAGAGACUCGGAGAGUGGCAGACAGUGCUGCAGAAUAUGGUAUCCAGCUACUUGGUGCAUCAUGGGUACUAUGCUACUGCCAUGGCCUUUGCCCGAGCCACAGAGACCAUGAUACAGGAGGACCAGGCUUCCAUAAAGAACCGACAGAGAAUACAGAAGCUGGUAUUGGAAGGUCGUGUCGGAGAGGCCAUUGAUGCCACACAUCAGCUGUACCCUGGACUCCUAGAACGCAACCCCAAUUUACUCUUCAUGUUGAAGUGUCGGCAGUUUGUGGAGAUGGUGAAUGGUACAGACAGUGAGGUACGAUGCUUUAGUGUCCACUCCCCGAACACCCAGGACAGUUAUUCCGGUUCCCCAAGCCUUAGCCCUCGGCACGGAGCUGCCAACCCCCACCUGCACAGCACAGGAGCAGACAGUCCCACGUGCAGUAACGGUGUGACACCUUCUAACAAAAACAAGAGCCACACCAAAUAUCCCGGAGCUGGCUCCGCCUCCUCUUCCCCUUCCUCCUCACCUUCAUCUGUCAACUAUUCUGAAUCCAACUCCACAGACUCCACCAAGUCCCAGCCACACAGUACCACCAGCAACCAGGAAACCAGUGCUGUGUGCACGUGUGCACUCAGUGACAGUGAGAUGGAGAUUGAGGCAGAGCACUACAGUAAUGGAGUGACUGAGAAUUCCUCCACCCGCAUUAUGAACGGCACCUACAAGCACCAGGAGAUCAUGCAAGGGGACGACAGUAGCGUGGGCAAUGGAGUAGCAGAGGACAGCUGUGGUUCGAGGCAGCUAUGUGGGGGUAACCAGGCCGCCACGGAGCGCAUGAUCCAGUUUGGCCGUGAGCUGCAGGCUCUUAGCGAGCAGCUCUCACGCCAAUACGGCAAGAACACCAUGCAUAAGAAGAUGCUGCAGGAUGCAUUUAGUCUACUUGCAUACUCAGACCCAUGGAAUUGCCCAGUGGGCCAGCAGCUGGACCCCACACAAAGAGAGGCCAUCUGCUCUGCCCUGAACAGCGCCAUCUUGGAGUCUCAGAAUUUACCCAAGCAGCCCCCCCUCAUGCUGGCUCUGGGGCAGGCCACCGAGUGUGUACAGCUCAUGGCCCGUGUGCGCUCCGGCUCCUGCUCGUUCGCCAGAGUCGACAACUUUUUGCACUAGCCCAAGUCCAGGCAAUGUUCAGGACAGUUAAGAAGAGGACUUUCCAGCCGGUUGCCAUGAGGAACACGCUUGUUUAAAACGGUGCAUUCACUUGCCGCAGGCAGUUCAGAUGAGAGAUGACUAGAAACGUGGAGGAGAGGCUUCUUUUUAAUUUAGUAUUAUUAAAUGCAAACUGUGUGACACUAUUUAAAGGCAAUUAAUUAUUAUUCUGUUUAUCUAGUCAUUUUUAUUUUAGUUUCUAUUUUGUCAGUUUGUUGUGCUCGCCUUGACAUUGAACCAGAAAUCCCUUCUUUGUUUUAUGGGUGGAUUCAGUGCAUAGUAUUCCAGACACACACACACACACACCAUAUCAAGGGUAAUGCAUAGCAGUAAAGUCUUCUUGCAGUUUUAAGAAGCAACACACCUCCCUUAAUCAGAACUCAGGUAUUUACGACAUGUGAUUUUAGCAUGUAGAAUGAGUACUGUGACUACUCAAUAAGGCUUAUAUACAGUAUGGAUAUAUAUAUGGACUAUAAUUCUACUGGCUACUAUACCACAGGCCUGGUUUUUGUAUUUGGUUGAAAGCUUGUUCAAGAUUUUUUGAGAAGGUGCGAGUCUCCAUGUGUCUCGGUUCCAAGCUAGCAGUUCACCUCAGACACCAGCGCUAGAACUAGUCUUUUUAUUAGGUGCAGAUCAUACAGAAGCAUUGCAGUCCCAGAAUUGCUAAGUAUAUUUUACAAAGCUCGAGGUUCUCUCGUACUUUAAAAAGCUUCUAUUUUAAAGACAAUCUUUAUAGUGUACAUUUCCAAAUAUAUGUAAUCCCCCCUCAGCUUUUAUUGUUUUGAGUUGGCUUUAUCGAAAUUUAACCUGUGGGUUUUUGUGUGUGUGGCUACAAUGAAUAAAAAUAUGAAGUUCUUGUUAAAGAAAACCAAGAUUAGUUAUUUUAUUAGCUUUGACUACAACACCGAAGCUUGGAAACUGACUAAUAUGUUCUGCAAAUUGCUACAUUUUAUAUCUGCUAGGCCAGUGC